AUGAGCGCGGACCGCUUGUUACUCACACUCUCAGACUCCUCCGAUUCCUCCGAUGGUCACUCUCGAAUAGAAAUAUUGAACACUGGUGGUUAUCGAUCCGAUGGACGUCGCCAAUAUGAAUUACGGACAAUCUCCAUUGACCUUUCACCCCAAGGUUCCGGUGCUGACGGUUCUGCCAGCCUUACGCAUGGCCUAACACAAGUCAAUGUCUGCGUAUUUGGUCCCCGUGAAGCAAAAAUGCGGUCCCAGACUUAUCAUGAUCGAGCCAACGUCAAUAUCGAGGUUGCCAUCGCUGCUUUCAGCGCAAGUGAGAGAAGAAAAAGAGGCAGAGGAGACAAACGGAUUCUUGAACUUUCUCAAACUCUCAAGUCAACGUUCGAACCAGUUAUUCAAACUUCGCUAUACCCUCGCUCACAAAUCGACAUUUACAUUCAAGUUCUACAGCAAGACGGUGGUCUACUUCAAGCCUGUGUAAAUGCCACUACCCUUGCACUUGCGAACGCCGGCAUUCCCAUGUACGACUUUGUCUGCGCUGUCACCGGGGGUGUGCAUUCAACGUCUGCGCUUCUUGAUCUUACUCUCCUCGAGGAAAACGACCUACCAAAUGUUACCGUCGCUGUCAUGCCUCGGUCAGGAAAAAUCACCUUGGUGUCAAUGGAGACCCGAUUACACGUUGAUCGUUUUGAAGAGAUUUUCAGGCUGGCAGGAGAAGCUGGUACAGUAAUUCACAGAGAGAUGAGGAGGGCUGUCAAGGACAGAACAGAGCAGUUGGUGGCUUCAAUGCAGUCGGUUGGUCGACCUUCAACCGGAGCAGACGUAGGAGAUAACGAAUAUUAG